AUGAAGCUCGCCGCAAGCCUCAGCUCCAAAUUCCUCAGCCUUAGCCCCAAACGUCUCUUCCGAUCCAAAUCUAAAUCCUCAGUCACCAGAUCUGAUCCUUCUUCCUUCAGCUCCGUCGCUUCUUCCUCUUCCUCCGAUGGAUCUUACGGAAAUCUCAAACCGAACCCAACCGCGACUCCGAUCAGUGUCCUCCCCGGAGAUCGAGAUUUUUACUCCGAGUUGAUUCAGGCUUUCAAAUUACUCGAUCGCGACGACGACGGUGUUGUUUCGAAAGGAGAUCUAGCGAAUCUGAUUACUAGACUGAGUCCUGAACCACCGAGCCAUGAAGAAGUGAGUCUGAUGCUGAGAGAAGUCGACGGAGGAAGAGACGACGACGAAGAAGGUUGUAUCAGUCUCGAAGAUCUCGCUAGCCGAGUCGCCGGAACUUCUUCCGUUGAAGGAUCGGAGGAGAUGAGAGAGGUUUUCGAGUAUUUCGACGCGGAUCGUGACGGGAGAAUAUCGGCGGAGGAGUUAUACAGAGUGUUUGGAGUGAUCGGAGAUGAACGGUGCACGUUAGAAGAGUGUAGGCGUAUGAUAGCGACUGUUGAUAAAAACGGUGACGGUUUUGUUUGUUUCGAUGAUUUUUCACGAAUGAUGGAUCUUCAUACUCCUCCUACUAUAAACGAUGAAUGA